AUGUCCAAGCUACGUGCUAAUGUAGUCAGUCAUUCACUUCCCAUGCCCAAGAUAUAUUCUGUGCUGCCACCUAGAUGUGAGGAAUUGAGCGAAGUGUUAGCAUUCUUGUACCUUGGACCUAACCAACCAACCUCUAAGGAGUAUAAGCGCACACCCAUGCUAGUACGGCGUAACAAAGUGGCGGAUGCGCUUGAAUGGCUCAAACUCAAUCACAUUGACUAUGCUGAUCUCGAGAUAUCUUAUGACAACAUCAAUUCAUAUCCUGAGGAUGAGCCGCCUGUGAUUGUAAACUAUUCAAAGAGCAUGGAGUCCAAUGCAGAUCCUGAGGCGUCAGCUGUAAAUGCAAGUGAAGAAGAUGAAGGUGCAGAUGAUGGAGCCUGUCCUUUUGUUGUGCAUGGAUUAACAGGAGCAAGCCUUGAGCACAUGGGAAAAGUCAGACCAUAUGAGAUCACUGCACGAGCUAUUGAACACUUCAAAUCUGGAGGCAAAGUGUUGGGCAUAGGUCAAUCAGCAGAACCAGAGAGUUUAUACCACAAUCCUCAGCUAUAUCCUCAGAUGUUCCCAUGGUUAUUUCCAUAUGGCUUAGGUGGACUGAAUAAUUCUGCAAGCGGGUGUCGACCUGUCUCUGAGGAGCGGAGAAAGCAACAACUGCUGAUGUACCAUGAUAAG